AAAGGAGGAGGUUCCUAGAGGAUGCAGUGAGGCUGCUAGCAGGUAGGGAGCCCGUGGUUGCCCUGCACUGAGAAGGAAGACAAACACCAGCAUGCCCGGCUUGCCUCUGCUGCUGCUACUGCUCUGGGGAGUGGGCUCCCAUGGCUUCCCAGCAGCUUCAGAAACACAAGAGCAAGAUGUGGAGAUGGUCCAGAAAUACCUGGAAAACUACUACAAUCUGAAGGAUGAUUGGAGGAAAAUUCCAAAGCAGAGAGGCAAUGGCCUAGCAGUUGAGAAGCUGAAGCAAAUGCAGGAAUUCUUUGGGCUGAAAGUGACUGGGAAGCCAGAUGCUGAAACCCUGAAGAUGAUGAAGCAACCCAGGUGUGGAGUGCCUGAUGUGGCUCAGUUCGUCCUCACUCCAGGGAACCCUCGUUGGGAACAAACACAUCUGACUUACAGGAUUGAAAAUUACACACCAGACCUGUCAAGGGCAGAUGUGGACAAUGCCAUUGAGAAAGCUUUUCAACUCUGGAGUAAUGUCACACCCCUGACAUUCACCAAAGUCUCCAAGGGUCAAGCAGACAUCAUGAUAUCCUUUGUCAGGGGAGAUCAUCGUGACAAUUCUCCCUUUGAUGGACCUGAAGGACAGCUAGCUCAUGCUUUUCAACCAGGCCUGGGCAUUGGAGGGGAUGUUCAUUUUGAUGAAGAUGACAGGUGGACCAAAGAUUUCAGAAAUUACAACCUGUAUCGUGUUGCAGCUCAUGAACUGGGCCAUUCCCUUGGACUCUCCCAUUCUACUGAUAUUGGGGCUUUGAUGUACCCCAACUAUAUGUUCAGUGGUGAUGUUCAGUUAGCUCAGGAUGACAUUGAUGGCAUCCAAGCCAUAUAUGGACCUUCCCAAAAUCCCAGUCAGCCAGUAGGCCCACAGACCCCAAAAGUGUGUGAUAGUAAACUGACCUUUGAUGCUAUAACCACAAUUCGGGGAGAAAUAAUGUUCUUUAAAGACAGGUUCUACAUGCGGGCAAAUCCCUACUACUCAGAAGUUGAGCUCAAUUUCAUCUCUGUUUUCUGGCCACAUCUGCCUAAUGGACUUCAAGCUGCUUAUGAAGUUGCCCAUAGAGAUGAAAUUCUGUUUUUCAAAGGUAACAAGUACUGGACUGUGCAGGGGCAGAAUGAGCUACCAGGAUACCCCAAGGACAUUCACAGCUCCUUUGGCUUCCCUAGAAGUGUGAAUCAUAUUGACGCUGCUGUUUCUGAGGAGGAUACUGGAAAAACAUACUUCUUUGUUGCUAACAAGUACUGGAGGUAUGAUGAAUAUAAACGAUCUAUGGAUGCAGGUUAUCCCAAAAUGAUAGAAUAUGACUUCCCAGGAAUUGGAAACAAGGUUGACGCUGUUUUCAAGAAAGAUGGAUUUUUCUAUUUCUUUCAUGGAACAAGGCAAUACAAAUUUGAUCCUAAAACGAAGAGAAUUCUGACUCUCCAGAAAGCUAAUAGCUGGUUCAACUGCAGGAAAAAUUGAUCAACUGUUGUGAAGUUGAAUGAAACAAUGUACUUUGUGAGCCCAAUGUAUUCUGUGAGCCUAAUGUAUUGUAUUUAUCUAAAGAGUCAUGUAUUUUUCAGUAUUGUAUUUAACUUCUAGAAUCACUCAGCACUAUUAAGUAUAAUGUUAUUUAUACCUCAUUUUUCAUAACUUUUGUACUAGACUUAAUAUUUUAUAUACUGAUAUAAAUAAGUUCUAUUAUAAAUAAUGGCUAAGGAAGGCCAAGUUCAUGACUGAUGGAUUCACAUGGACCAGUUUUGCAAAGAAAAUCUUUUGAAAACUACCUUAGUGAAGAACACCUGUUUUCAAGAGAGAAAAAAAGAGACAGGAGCCUUCCCAAGAGGAAAUGCAGAUCAAGAACAUGGGAGCAGUCACUCACAUCAUCCUGAUAUGCAAGAGACAAGUCCUCUUAUACCCAAUAAAAUGUUGGAU